UCCAGCCUCACCCGCCGGAAUGGGUGGAUACGGACAAAGCACUUCAUAGGUAAGAGAGCGUAUUGACUAAGCAUCGUCAGUCCUUCUUGAUUUUGCUAAUGUUUGGUAUUGUACCAUGCAGGUUGGAUAGGAGAAGGAAGCGGAAGAUAAAGGACUGGGACAAGCAUCAUGCUUCGUAUGUUACCCGCUUCCAGCUUUGCGUGGAGCAAGCUCGUAGCAGUGCACGCGCCCAGCUUCGUGAGCAUAACCCAAUUGCUUUUGAUAACUACAUACGAUGGCUUCUUGAAAAUACUCGAGUUGAGAUAUGCCCGCCAGCAUAUAAUGAGGAUAUUCUUGAAGAACCCGUAAACUUUGAGGAUCUAUCAAAGGGGAAGUACAACAGAGAUGUCAGGGUAGGGCAAGGAGUCCCUGCUGUUCCGGUGAUUAACUAUGUGCGCACCGAGAUCAAGAAAGCAGCUGAUGAGAGCCAGUCUAUUCUCGAGAACACACCGGUUGGAAAAGGCAAUGAUGAUGGUUCACUACGAGCAUUCCUCAAGCGUCAGGCCAAGAAGUUAAGGCGGUUAUCGAAUCUUCUCGGUUGCCGUGAUCCCGAAUUUGAUGAACCAUCUGCCUCUAGGUCUGGUACACCAUCAGACCCCUCAUCUCACCAUCAGGGGGACGAUGUGAGUUCAUCAUAUGCUUAUCUGGAUGAUGACGGCGUGGUCACCCAAGAGGGCCAUGAGCUUGAUGAUGACAUGACUUUGGCGGACGCUCAACUUCGGUCCCCAUAUGUGUUCAAGCCUAGGCAGCCCAGACGCCGGUACACGCCCAACGACUUUGACAACAGAGGCAACCCAAAGGUGGUCGUAGGGACCUCGCGGAUGGCUAGCUUGGAUGAUGAGGCGGAGGCGGAGGCAGAGGCGGAGGAGGAAGUGCAGGAAGAGGAGCCUCGUCCACCCAGGAAGAAGAAGAUUGCCUGCAAGCGUGGCACCAGGAACACGCGCGGAAGUUUGGCAGUUAACAACACUGCAGCGCCCAACAGACAGGCGCUGCACAGUACUGUGUGA